AUGGCUCCGACGGCUAAGACUGCGACUGGCUCCAAGAAAAAAGCGUUGGAGUCUAUCAACAGCUGCUUAGCGCUGGUAAUGAAGAGCGGUAAAUGCUCCAUUGGGUUGAGGCAGACACUUCGUCUUCUGCGGAAAGGCGGUGCUAGACUGAUAAUAAUCGCCAAUAAUGCUCCUCCACUAAGGAAAACUGAAAUAGAGUACUACGCAAUGCUGUCGAAAACUGGAGUACAUCAUUAUAAUGGGACCAACCGCGACUUAGGAACUGCAUGCGGGAAAUAUUUCAGAGUGAGCACUUUGGCUAUUGAAGACGCAGGUAAUUUACUUUCACUGUAG